UCGCCGAGUUUUUGUCAGAACGAUUCGCGAUUUCUCUUCCUUAUCUUUGCCGAUCAAGAACGCAACGCAAUCCCCACAUAAAGCCUACAACUUUACUCUCUCUCUCUCUCUCUCUCUCUAACUUCUGCUGGGUGUUUUUCUUUCAGUACCAAUACACAUUUGUUUCAAUUUGUCGGAUUUGUUGUAGUGGAAUUGAAAAUUGAGCAUGUGGGGUUUCGAUUCUUGUUCCUAAUAAAGUUAAUCCAAGAUUAACUUUUGACGAUUGGAUCUUUACGAUGUGGGUUUAACUUCAAGAUGUGGGUUUGAAAGUUUGCGUGCAAGGUGUUUGUGAAAAGUCCUCAGUGAGUGUUUGAGGAUAAAGAGUGGAAAAAGAUGGGAUCCGGAAAUGGGUUUUACUCUACUGGGGAGUUUAGUUUGGAAGCAAAGUGGUUGAUUGAUCCGAAGCAUCUUCUUGUUGGUCCAAAGAUUGGAGAGGGUGCACAUGCUAAAGUGUAUGAGGGCAAAUAUAAAAGCCAGAAUGUUGCAAUUAAAAUUAUAAACAAAGGCGAUACGCCAGAAGAAAUUGCUAAGAUUGAAGGAAGUUUUGGGCGAGAGAUUGCAAUGUUAUCUAAAGUUCAACACAAGAAUUUAGUAAAGUUCAUCGGAGCGUGCAAAGCACCAAUCAUGGUUAUAGUGACUGAGCUUCUUACUGGCGGGACACUAAGGAAAUACCUGGUUAAUAUGCGGCCUAGGGGUUUGGAUAGGCACGUUGCUAUUGGGUUUGCACUUGAUAUUGCUCGUGCAAUGGAAUGCUUACACUCACACGGGAUCAUUCACCGUGAUUUAAAACCUGAAAACUUGCUGCUGACCGCAGAUCACAAAUCUGUGAAACUUGCUGACUUUGGUUUAGCAAGAGAAGAAUCAUUAACAGAGAUGAUGACUGCAGAAACCGGAACUUACCGCUGGAUGGCUCCCGAGCUUUACAGUACAGUAACACUGAGGCAGGGAGAGAAGAAGCAUUAUAACCACAAGGUAGACGCUUAUAGCUUUGCAAUCGUCUUGUGGGAGCUUAUACACAAUAAGAUGCCGUUCGAGGGCAUGUCGAAUCUUCAAGCAGCCUAUGCAGCAGCUUUUAAGAAUGUGAGACCGAGUGCCGAUGACCUCCCUAAAGAUUUAGCACUAAUUGUGACAUCUUGUUGGAAGGAAGAUCCGAAUGCUCGGCCAAAUUUCAGUCAAAUAAUACAAAUGCUUCUCCAUUAUCUAUCCGCUGUCAACCCACCGCCAUCUGAAUCUGCUGCCGCCAUCCCACCUCGGAUGUUCAACGGCUUUCUACCAGAUUCUCCUGGUACAAGCACCUUAAUCUCAAAACAGAAUGAAACACCGAAAACACCCCUGCAAAACAGCCCCCGCGGGGGUACGUUCUCAUGCUUUUACCAGUGUUGUUGGUGAUGACAGACAGAAGAUGGAUACGGAAGGGAUACAUAGGGAAUACGGUUAAAUAGGAUGAUGAUCGGGUUAUGGGCAUUAGAUGAUAUGUAUAAGGUGUAAAUUGCUAUGAACUGACUUAGGUGAUGACAUAGGUUGGUGUGAUGAUAGUUGUGAUUGUAAAAUAUAAGAACCGUUCGGUUCCGAAGGCCCUUCAACCCACACACAACUCAAUAAAAGAUCUUUGUUUUUUUUUA